UUGGCAUCAAAAAUCCUUGUAUGGGGGUUCUCGUUGACAAAAAGCGGUAGUUGUUGUGUUGGGUAAUUGCAGAGAUAUGAUGGUGAAGAAGCUUAGCUCUUGAGCUAAGUAUUUAAAGCCCAAAGCCUUUUGGCCUUGCCGACCUCGGAAAGUAGUUUCCCUAUAGAAGAAGAAGAAGAAGACUUGGGGACUUGGAGGAUGGCCGAUUCUUCAAAAGAAGAGCUGCUCCAACUCAUCAAGCGCUUCGGGGCUUAUCUCUCUGUCAAGAUGUCCACUUUAUUCUCGAUCUCCUCCCAAAACAUGCAUCUCCUUUUGGGAUAUUCCGCUCCGUUGUGCUUCGUUCUGGCUUAUAGAUAUGAAUUGAAUGUCGGAUUGGAGAUGUCGGAGUUGUGUGACUCAAACCUCUUUAAAUGGUAUCAGAAUACACGUUCUAUUGGGGCAAUUGCUGGCUUUGCGGUAGCAAUAGUUUUUACCUGGAGGCUUUUUAGAUCUCCCACUGGACCUCAAAGAAGGCAGCCAAAACGGCAGGCACCUGCAUCCGGUAGUUCUGGUGUCAAUCCUCCUUCAAACUCAACGCUGACAACUACGGGAGUUUCAUCAUCAGAAGAUACAAGAGCACAAAAUGUUGUUGACGAGUUCUUUCAGCCAGUGAAGCCAACCUUGGGGCAGAUAGUUAGACAGAAACUGAGUGAAGGAAGAAAGGUGACUUGUCGUUUACUUGGAGUAAUCCUGGAGGAAAGUAGCCCAGAGGAACUUCAGAAACAAGUGACUGUGAAGUACUCGGUGCUAGAAGUACUCUUGGAGAUCACAAAAUAUUGUGAUCUGUAUCUAAUGGAAAGAGUUCUGGAUGAUGAAACUGAAAACAAGGUUCUAUCGGCUUUGGAAGAUGCUGGGGUUUUCACAUCUGGGGGUUUGGUCAAAGACAAGGUUCUGUUCUGCAGCACAGAGAAUGGACGGACAUCCUUUGUUCGGCAGUUGGAACCAGAUUGGCAUAUUGACACAAAUCCUGAGAUCAUCUUCCAAUUAUCUAGGUUUAUCAAGUAUCAGCUUCACAUCUCUCCUACCAGAUCUGAACGAGCUACUUCCAAUGUGUUUAACUCCCCAUCCUUAGAACAAUUCUUUGGAUGUGUUUGAUGGUUAAACAGACGAUGAUACAAAACAUAAAUCGUUAGGUUCCUAUUAGGGUUCUUCUUUUCACCCUAUUUUGGGUUUUAUGUAUUUCAUACUUUAAGCUGCAGCUCAUUAAAGCACAAUGUUCUCUUUUCUUCUCGUUGUACUUUGGUGCGGUUAUUGGUAGUCACUAGUCAGAUGGUAGACUUGCUCUGUACAACUCCUGUGUUUCAAGUGAUGUUCUUCAUUCAGUUCAUUGUUUGAAAUUUGUGUAAUACAUUGGUUGACAUCCAAAUUCCAACCAGAAAUUUUAUGGAAGGGUUGAUGUAUGUAGUCACUAGUCAGAUGGUAGACUUGCUCUGUAUAACUCCUCUGUUUCCAGGGAUGUUCUUCAUUGUUUGAAAUUUGUGUAAUA